CACAACUCAUUUUUCUUCAAAAUGCGUUUUCCAAUACUCGUACAUCAUCAUGAUCAACGAGACUUGACUUGGAUGCUUCUUCUAGAUACGGUCAAUCCUUUCUCACUCUUCUUCUUUUUCCAUUUUUGUUCGCUGCAUCACGUUUUUUUCACUCCACUUGGUUGAUAAUCUUGUAACCGCUAUUCGCAGCACAAUUCACAAUGCUAUUUCACGUUCUUCAUGCUUUCGUUCUCCCAACCUAAAUUCAUAUAAAUUCAAACUAGUGGCUGCAGGUGGAGGUCAGGGAAGUCGUGGAGGAGUACCUGAACCCUUUUUGAUUCCUCACUUGUUUAUUUGGCCUCAUGGAGGAACAGCUGUGUUUUUGUCUGGUUCUUUCACCGGCUGGUCGACGAUUAUACCUAUGUCUCGGAUUGAAGGACAGCCAAAUGCAUUUCAAGCUACUUGUAGCUUGCCACCGGGGUUUCAUCAGUACAAGUUUAUUGUGGAUGGCGUGUGGCUGCACGAUGAGCAGAAGCAGUUUAUAAAUGCGAGCUUUGGAGUAGUGAAUACUAUUUUUGUUGAGCAACCAUAUAUUUUACCUUCCAUCAUCAAUGCUGGAACACCUAGUGGAUCCCACAUGGAGCUUGGCCAUUUUGUGCCUGGGCACAUGGAAGCUUUUCCCAGGACAUCAGAGUCUGCCCUGCAUCUCUCUCGCUACCAUCUAUCUAAAUUCAUGUCAUCAAAUACUGUGUUUGAUUUGAUUCCCAUGUCCGGCAAGGUUAUUGUGUUAGAUAUAGAUUUAUCAAUUCAGCAAGCAUUCCAUGCUCUUUAUGAACAGGAAGUAUCUGUAGCUCCUGUGUGGGAUUCUAGCAAGUGCAAGUUUGUUGGAGUGCUUAGUGCAAUGGACAUUAUUCAAAUACUGAAACAGCUGGAGAGUCAUGGAUCUACUUCCACUAUGCCUGAAGAACAACUUAAGACACAUACUAUAGCAGCAUGGAGAGAGAGGGAAUUACACCAAUGCGGAACUGGUAGUAGCGGGAGAACAUAUCCUUGGAGGUUUGUUGAUGCUGUGCCCGAUGAGAGUCUAAAAGACAUUGCUUUAAAAUUUUUGCAAAACAAGGUGCCAGCAGUUCCUGUUAUAGAUUCUUCUUCCGAGGGUGGUUCAGUUCCUCAGCUGCUACACAUAGCUUCUCUCACAGACAUUCUAAAAUGUAUAUGCAGGCAUAUCAAGAACUGUUCUGGUUUUUUGCCCAUUCUUCAACUACCGGUUGGUUCAAUACCCUUGGGCACGUGGGUUCCAAAAGUGGGGGAAUCCGAUAAGCAGCCACCUGCAAUGCUAAAGCCAGCUGCUUCUGUUAGCGAUGCUAUAUCUAUAUUGAUUCAAGGUGAAGUUAGCUCAAUACCAAUUGUGAAUGUUGAUAAUUCAUUACUUUAUAUAUAUUCAAAAAGUGAUAUUACUGCACUGGCUAAAAAUGAAGGGUAUGCUUGGAUAAGUCUGGAUAAAUAUUGUAUCUAUCAGCAAAUGUUUCGUGAUCAUCGAUUGCCAUGCGCAAUGAUUGACCAACAACUACUUCCAGUGUGUGUGAGGACCGAUACACUGCACUUGGUGAUGGAACGUUUGGCUAAUUCAGAUGUUGAAGAACUGGUAGUGGUGGAGGCUGGCAGCAGGCGUGUGGAAGGGGUCAUUUCCAUAGGCGACGUGUUCAGAUUCUUGUUUGGUUAUUAGUUGUAAAGGAAAUUUCAGUGGCAGCUUUGGAAAACUAUGAAAACUUGUUAUUUAUGCAUUUUGUUUCAUUCAUACUCUUUCUGGUUUCGUUUAUAUUUUAUUUAAUUGUAUUAUGUAUUUGAUAUUGAAGAUGUUCAGAUUGCUCCAGCUAUUUAUCGAAACAUUUUUGAAGUUAAAAAGAUUUUAAUCAGAUUUUGAA